GGCGGCGGAGGGAUCCCGCGGAGCGGUGCUGCGGCCGGGCCGGGUGAAUGGGAUUGAAGAAGAGUUGAGCUUCCCGGCUUGUUUUUGUGUCACAGUUUCUCUCCUCCGGCGCCCCGCCGGCUCCGUGCCUCCCUCCCCGCCCGCCCCCUCCUCCCCGCCGCAGGAGGAGCCCCCCGCCGAGGGGGGGAAGGAACAGGACCCCAGAGAGGCGAGAGCCGAGCGAAGAGGAGGAGGAGGAGGAGGAGGAGGAGAAGGGAGCAACCUACCAUCUUCCACUCCCCGCUUAGCUUAAAGAAAAGUGCGAGGAGGAGAGCGAGGGGCGCCCAGGAGCGGGCAGCCCCGCCGGAGCGGCCUCGCCAGCACCCCCCUAUGAAGAAGAGCUCUGCCCCCCCACAGGGAGGUCCUGCCCGGGGGACCCCGGCCGGCCCGCAGCAGCACCGCCGCCGCCGCCAGCAGGGAGGGGGUAGAGAGCUGAAGGGAAUAACUUCCUCAAAACUGCGCUGUUGUGGAGAGGAAACCAGAAACUAAAGGCACUGGAAUUAGCAAAGACACAUCUAGAGAAAGUGGAGAAGGUAGAGAAUGGAGCUGCAGACUCUACAGGAGGCUCUGAAAGUGGAAAUUCAGGUUCACCAGAAACUGGUUGCCCAAAUGAAGCAAGAUCCGCAGAUAUUUUUUCUUUCUAAUCAGAAUGCUGAUUUGAAGAAACAGCUUCACGAACUUCAAGCCAAAAUCACAGCUCUGAGUGAGAAACAGAAAAGAGUGGUGGAACAGCUUCGAAAGAAUUUGAUAGUGAAGCAGGAACAGCCAGAUAGUAAAUUUCAAAUACAGCCAUUGGCACAGUCAGAAAACAAACUACAGACACCACAGCCGCAACCACUACAACAGCUACAGCAGCACCACCAUCAACAGCAGCAGCAGUCUACUGCACCCUCUCCAAACGUGAUUGGAUCACAGAAAACUGUAACUACAGCUUCAAUGAUCACCACUAAGACACUACCUCUCGUCUUGAAAGCAGCAACUGCGACCAUGCCUGCCUCCGUUGUGGGUCAGAGACCUACCAUUGCCAUGGUCACUGCUAUCAACAACAAUCAGAAAGCUGUCCUCAGCACCGAUGCGCAGAAUGCACCAGUCAACCUCCAGACAACAAAUAAGGUCACUGGGCCGGGAGCUGAGGCAGUCCAAAUAGUGGCAAAAAAUACAGUCACUUUGCAGGUUCAGGCUACACCUCAGCCCAUAAAAGUGCCGCAGUUCAUCCCUCCUCCCAGACUCACUCCUCGUCCAAAUUUUCUUCCACAGGUUCGACCUAAACCAGUUGCCCAAAAUAACAUUCCUAUAGCCCCAGCACCUCCUCCAAUGCUUGCAGCUCCUCAGCUUAUUCAGAGGCCUGUGAUGUUGACAACAAAGUUCACACCCACCUCUUUACCCAACUCUCAGAACUCCAUACAUCCAGUUCGUGUAGUUAACGGGCAGACAGCAACCAUAGCCAAAACUUUCCCUAUGGCACAGCUCACCAGCAUCGUGAUAGCAGCACCGGGUACCAGGCUCGCUGGACCUCAGACUGUACAGAUCAGCAAACCAAACAUUGAAAAACAGACUAUUAAACCACAUGUGGAAGCAGAAGAGAAGCAAACAGAAAGUCGUACAGUUACUCCACCUGCUGCACCGAAGCCAAAACGAGAAGAAAAUCCACAGAAACUUGCCUUCAUGGUAUCUCUGGGACUAGUUACUCAUGACCAUCUGGAAGAAAUCCAAAGUAAGCGACAAGAGAGGAAAAGAAGAACAACAGCAAAUCCAGUAUACAGUGGAGCAGUUUUUGAGCCUGAGCGCAAGAAGAGUGCAGUCACGUACCUGAACAGCACAAUGCAUCCUGGGACACGUAAAAGAGGUCGUCCACCUAAAUACAACACGGUGCUGGGGUUUGGGGCUUUGACCCCCACAUCCCCGCUGUCCAGUUAUCCUGACUCCCCUGAAAAUGAAAAGACAGAGACCACAUUUACUUUUCCCGCAGCUGUUCAGCCUGUGUCCCUGCCUAGCCCCAGCUCCACAGACGGCGAUAUCCAUGAGGAUUUUUGCAGUGUUUGCAGAAAAAGUGGGCAGUUGCUGAUGUGUGACACAUGUUCACGUGUUUAUCACCUGGACUGUCUGGACCCGCCUCUGAAAACCAUUCCCAAGGGCAUGUGGAUCUGUCCCAAAUGUCAAGACCAGAUGUUAAAGAAGGAAGAAGCAAUCCCGUGGCCAGGAACUUUAGCAAUUGUUCAUUCAUAUAUUGCAUAUAAAGCAGCAAAAGAAGAGGAAAAACAGAAACUACUUAAAUGGAGUUCAGAUUUAAAACAGGAAAGAGAACAACUAGAGCAGAAGGUCAAACAGCUCAGCAAUUCCAUAACGAAAUGCAUGGAAAUGAAGAACACCAUCCUUGCAAAACAGAAGGAGAUGCACAGCUCCUUGGAGAAGGUAAAACAGCUGAUCCGCCUCAUCCAAGGCAUCGACCUUUCAAAACCCAUAAACUCUGAGGUCAAUUCAGUAGCCAUCUCCAAUGGCAUGGACUCCACUAACAAUACUAAUGCUGCCACCUCCACCUUAGCCCCCUCCCCUUCCCAGAGCUGCAUGGUGAACUGUAACAAGGGCGAUGAGACUAAAUAACACAGUGAAGUGCAGAAGGAGCCAAGGGAGGUGGCGGCGAGGAGGAGGAGCAAAAUAACGAAACUCUAGAAAAGCAAAACCGGAUUUCUUCUGGAAAGUGCAGAAUUCUUUAGUUCUUUGGUUCCAGAGAGAGCGUGAAGAUGCUUGUGCCAGGCGGCACCGGAGUUUGCCAAUUGAUCCUUCUUAUUCUGUGUGUACAUGCAAAGUUUGGAUCAUGUUACAUGAAUAGUGCCAGCUGGGGGUUCUUUGCCAGCACCAUGCCAAGUGAAAUAAUAUAUUUACUCUCUCUAUAUUUUACACCAGUGUGUGCCUGCAGCAGCCUCCACAGCCACUAUAGGUUUGUUUUAUUUUUGUUUGGGGUGAGGAGCAGGGAUGAGGGAGGAGAGCAGGUUUCAAAUCCUUAUUUGCAGAACAGUUUGUUUAGCUAGGGGAAAACAAAAACAAGUCCAAAGAGCCUGUGGGCUUUUCCUGUUUCUAAACUCUCAGUACUAUUAAACCAAAAAAAAAACAGAAAUAUAAAUUAUCAAAUCCCAGUGCCCAGAAGGGACAAGUCUAUCAAAUAAGCAGUAUUUACUAUUGUUUAGACAGGAGAUGUACAAAAGGAAAGGAGAUGGACUUUUCACUGAGUAACCAGCACAUGUACAGGCUGAAGAUCUACUGUCCCAACAGCUUUGGGUUAAUCCUAUUUCUUCACAUCAGAAAAAAAGACAUGCUUUGCAGAAUUGGUUUGGGUCCUCACACUCAUCCAGAAAGCCUGUGUUGGGAAUGGGAAAAUAGAGGGCCAGAGUCCAGGGUCAGUUUGGAGCAUUGGACGGAGGUGUCCCAAGAGAAAAUGUGCAUCGAUUACUUGAAAAUGAGAUUCCAACCCUUUUCUAUAUUUAUAAACAACAAAAGUAUCCUGAACAAAGUAGCACAUGACCCAGAUGUGUGAACUGAACAGAGAAAUGUCCUUUUCUUUCACUUCCUUUCUCUUCUUUUGGUAACAAGAACUAAAUAAGGAAUAGAAAAGCUGUUUUUCAGGCUGACAGUCUAAUUAAAGAGGUAGAUGGGACCUUGCAUGGUAUAGAUUAGAAGUAAUAGUGUCAGUGAGAUACAGUGAGUCUUUGUGAGUCCUUGUGUCAUCGUUUUGGGCACUGUUUUUUUAUGCAAGGGCAAAAUCUUUGUAUCUGGGGGAAAAAAAAAAAAACAAACAACUUUUUUAAAUUAAAAAGGAAAAUAAAAGAUAUUGAGGUCUUCCUAGUGUUACUUAAAAUAAGAUCAAGGUAAGAAACAUUGUAAAAAAAAAUACAAAAGUGCUAUUUGUUUCCUAAACAAGUGAUUUCUAUUAAAAAGGUGUCAGAACUGGAGAAAAUGCUGUGUACCUAGAAUUUUUUAACACAGACUUUGCUUAUUUAUGAUGACAUUCUGCUGUGUUUGUGUUUUAAGAUCCAAUGGGACAGCUUCCAUAGAUUAUACCAUACAUGCUACUGGCUAAACUCUACUGAGAACUAAAUCCUACAGUGUUGGAUCUCACCCCACUUGGAGGAUCCACCAGGCUUGUCUCUGCUGUUACCAUAUCUCCCCCAUUCUUUCACGUGUUUGUAACCCAGAGAAAAGCAUUGGCAGUGUGCUUUAAUACUUUGGUGAUAUGGACUGAUUAGAGCUUGAGAAUGAAAGACAGUGAGUUUGUUGAACUGAAAUCACUGUUAUUAUCCUCUUAUUUAAGAAGUUCAUCUCUUACGUAUAAUCUUUUCACUCCAGGUAGCAAAGCUUGCCUUGUGCUCCUGUUAUUGUGGGGUCUAUCUCAGUUUAGAAUGCUGACUCUGGUCACUUCGUGUUGUGUCCCAGAGCUGCCCAGUUUUACUACAGCACAUAAAUGUUUGGGCAAACCCUGUUUCCACUGGAAGCACCGGCAAAACUCCCAUUGCUUUCAGUAGGAGCAGAAUUGACCCUUGACACAGACGAUGCAAGGCAGGGUCCCCGGUGUGGUGCCAUUGACAGCAUGUGUUGGGUGGCGAGGCAGACUUGCUGUGCUGCUUUUCUUAGUGGAACAGAGAAGGCUUUGCAUUUCAAGGACGCACUUCUGAGCAACUAGUAUCAAAUACUCCAAACACUGCAUAGCCUGAGAGAGUCCUUCUACUGCCACAGCCAAGUAUGCUUCUGCGGGAUUCUUGGCACUGUCCUCUUCCCUUUCCUUUGCGUUGCCCUUCUGACCUUUAAGGACUUCUCUUCCUUCUAUAGGAGAGUGCACUAUUUCCAGCUCUGAGCUCAGAACUGAUAUCCUGAGUUCUCACAUUUGUUCGUGGCUUGGGAAAGCGACUCGUACUUGCACUUCCCAGCUAAACUAGUGAUAACCUCGACUCUCGGUUUUGAUGUUUGAAUUCUGUUCUGGAACCAGCAGAGUUGCAAGAAUCAAACUGAUCAAAGUAAAAAUGUCCCUGCAUCAACCCAGUUGCCACUGGAAGUCAUUACCACAGGGCAGCAACCCGUAGCAUUCAAACAAAGGGCUAUAUGUUUGAAGGGAUGACGAGAGAAAACAAACAAAGUGGUUAUGAGCCUUCUUCCUCUACAAUGUGAGCCAGCAGUUAGUGGCCAGGUACUCAGCAGAUAUGUCCCUUUUGGCCAGGUUGUUGCUCUCUAGUUGGUCACUUGGGUAACUCUUAUAUCUUCUUCUGAAGCAUGAAGUACAUUCCCAGUAAGAGACAGUAUCUUUAUGGUUCUCAUGUUCUUAUCUCUAAUGUUAUUUUCUGAGCUCUCUUGGAAGCACUGCACUAUCUGGGGGUAGCAAACUGUGCCUGAAGGCUUGAGGGUCCUUCUGUUUCUUUGCCAGUUCGAGAAGGGAUGGGAGUGAAAUCCACCAGUAGCUGCAUUUACAUUUGAGCGCAGUUUCCCAGGCAGGAGAUGUUAAAACAGCUACUACUGCUUUUCCAAGGCAUCUGGUUGUCUCUUGAAUCAGAGUACAGACUUUUACAUCUCUCUUUCCUUACAGCUUUGUGUUCCAGGCUGUCAAAGGACACCUUUCGUUAAUCAUUGCCUAGCAGAGAAAUGACCUUAACUUAGACUUUUUGAUGCUGCUGGGUAGUUUUCUUGCUCCCUGAUCCUGUUUGGACACUCUCCCUACUGGCUCUGCAGCAUUAUCAGUCAAUAGGCAGAGAGCAUUCCCAGGGCUGUGUUGACACUGGCAAUGAUGCUGCUACACAGACACAAGUAAAUUGGAGCCAUUUCUGCCCAAUUAGCAACAAUAGGGUGGAAGGGGGAUUGGCAUUUGCUAAAUACAGAGGAAAAUGUGCUUUUUUUUUCUACCUGCCCUAAGAGGUUUCAAUGAAGUGAGAAAUUUAAACUCUGAUAACUUUUAAGCUCAAGCUUGUCUUCUGGAUUUUUUUCCCCUCACAUAGCAUUUCAGAUAGGCUGAGUUUGUAUUAAAACUCCUGCUCUUUGGGAAGCUGUCAUAAUGACUGGCACUUUGUAUUUCCAGACCACCGUAAAGGUAAUAACUAAUUCUUAUGUCAUUGCUUGUCAUUAGUGGGAAAUAAGUGGCUUUUAAAUCUCUGUUAUAAAGGAGGAGAAGAUGAGACCACAGAGGAAGCUCAUAUCAGAGGAGUUCCUGGCUCUCAGCCCAGUGCUAAGGGCUUUAAGAAGUCAUCCUGCUGCUUCGACUGCUCAGAAAUAGAGUAAGAAAUGCAGAAGUAGUUUUCCCUUCUCCUCACAAUCUGUUCUUUAAACAGCUGGAAAGGCGUGUUGUGGUCAAAGUCGGAAAAGGAGCGUGUGAUCUGGCUAGAAGAAUUAGUCUUAUCAUUAGUAUUCUCAUUAGCUUGGUUCAGUGCCAGCAGUGUUCGUAGUGCUGUGCAAAACACAGUAAAGGCAAGACCUCCGGGCAUGGGUGGCAGGCAGGGUAAGUGGCGUGGGUGGUUCUUUGAGGACGUCGCUGGCCAGGAGUUACCAUGUUGGUAGGAUAAACUAACGGUUUGCGUGAGCAAAACCAGGAUUUUGUUCUUCAUUGCAAGCGAGUUUGUGUCAGUGGGAACGUGAAUUAAAAGCCGCCUGCCCAGAAGUUAAAGAGCUUUGUUAUGAUGAAAAUUUUAUGGACAGUGUGAGUUGUUUUGUUGGUGGGAAAAAUCACGUUGUGUUUUGUCCUUCCUAACUGACCAGGCUUGAGAAAGCAAAUCUGUAUUCCAGCUGUCUAGAAAUGUGUACCUAAUUCUGACCUCCUUGGCUUCGAAUCGUCUUCUUCCCUGUAUUGUUGCAGAGGCAGCCCCAAAAAGCAAUAUGAUCAGCACUCAGGAGGCCCGGAGUGAAACCUCCCUCUUAGUCCCACCAGGCUGUGGCAGCCCGCAGUACAGGGAGUAAGCUCUGACGUUUCCUCCUCAUGUGGAUGCAGUGAAAAAUACCUGUCAAUUUGCAGUGCACGUUUCUCUUUUCCUUUUGUUUCCCAGCUGGGUCGCCCCUGCACUCUUUGCUUUUGAACCACCACUGAUGAAUGCAUCUUUUUUAAUGAAACAUAUUUUUAGAAGAUCAUAUUCAGAUGUCAAACCAAAAUCCACUCUUCCUGGGGGCUUCCCCCUGCCAGCUGCUCAGAUGACCACUGAAAUACUGAUACUACGCGUCCUGGUGGAGCAUGCCCCUUUGGGCAGACUUUGUUGUGUCUUUUCAGAACUGUUCUGACCCUUCUUCACCUCCAUUUGUCCUCCUUUGGGAUUCUGAAGAUCCAGGGCGAGUUCAGCCUUGCUGGGCUCCUGCAGAGUUUUCUGGCAAGCAUGUAGAAACUCUUCUGAAGAGUCAGGAACCUGGAGAAGGAGGAAGAUGUUUUGUCUGCAGCUAAUUCAUUUGGUACUGAGGCAUGCCUGGCCAACAAACUACCUCAGCAAAGGCCAUUCCCAAGCACCACGUGGAUUUUGUAGUUUCUGUCCUUCAGAAGGCAAAAUGUCUCCAAAGAAGCCUUGCAACAGCCAGCUAGGUACUGGUCUCUGAAUGCGUGUGAGCGAGCCUUACAGCAGCACAUUUUUGGAUACCUGUUUUCAGUGAGCAGACCUGGGCCAGGGAAUGCCCUAAAAUCAGGUGGGAUCAGGAAAACACGAGAGCUGCAGACAUCUUGUCUCCAGGUUAUUGCCGUCUUACCCAGAUCCUUCUUUAAGCCUCAGUCCUGUUUGUAACACCUACAGAAUGGAAUGUAAUACUUGAAAAUAUGACUCUCAUUAUCCUUUGCCUUUAGCUCCCAUUUCCCAGUGUUUAUCUUUCAUCUGGGACAAGAACUUUCUGCAUCAUUGUGUCUUGUAUAGGCUGAGCACAUAGUUGAAACUUGCCAAUAAAGAAAAUUAUUUAUACCA